AACAACCUGGAGGAAGGUGCUCAACCCGAGCGCUUGACGUGCCUACUAGUCAAUCCUAGAUACCGGUUGUUGGUGGUGGUUGGGCUCCUCUGCAAUCUGCAAUUCUUCUCACAUUCAGUAGCCCAGCCAAAAAGACCCCCAUCGGGCCUCUCCACGGCCUCGCGAUUUCUCUCACCGUGACCCCUUGCCCUACGGCGAGUUGGUCAAAUUGGAGAUCUUCUGCUCCAAUUAAGCCCUCUUCUUCGAAUUCCGCAUUCACUUCAUUCUUCAGAGAAAAAUUAGGGUUUCUAAAUUGUUGUGUUUUCUCAGAUAAACUUUAUUUAUUUCAAAGGUGAAUGAGUUAGGAGGAAUAAUGGGGUUAUCAUCAGCGAACACUGUUGUAAACGAAGGCUUCCAGUUUUGCAUAUUUGAUUUGAGAAGGGGGCAACACGAAGGGCAGGAGCUGGACAAGAUUUUGUUCUUCUAUCCAGCUGAUUUGCCCUUUUCUACGCAGCUUUCCGUGAUAGGGCUCAGCGAAGGGCUCAUCACUUUUACAAGAAUCUUUUCUCCAGAGGCUGCUUGUGAGGUUAUAGAAGCAGAGAGGCAUUCUCAUGUUUUUCAUCAGGCUGAGCCAGAUAUUUGGAUGGUCAUGGUAGUGGAGAAAAGUAAGGAGUCAGAUUCCAUAUGGCGGAUUGAUGCAUUGCGAAGAGUUCUUAAAGAAGUUCAUUCUCUUUUUGUGAUGUUUAAUGGAUCAAUAAGAUCGUUGCUUGACAAAGAACCCAGUGGAGAACUUGUUCGAUCUCAUUUGUAUGCUUUCAUCAUGGAUUAUCUUAGCGCAUUUCAAAAGCGGACUCCGUGGGAUAUUUGCUGCUGCGAUUUUCUUGUUGGAAAAAAAAUCAAGUUACCAUCUUUCCGUGACUGCUUAAAGGAGCGUGGAACUGUGCAAAUGCUAACUGUAGGGCGGGAGGCUGCACUUGAAGUUCAGCAGUCACUUGUCAGAGUACUGGAAUCAUGUGCUGGGAACGCACCAUGCUACUCACUUGUCUUAUUUCAGGACCUUCUGGUGUCCACAACACUUUCACCUGAUGACACCAUAAACUUAUUUACUUAUGCUGUCCUAAGGUUGGCCCCAAAUGCUCUAUUGUCCCGAGCAAGUUCGUGGUCCUAUUUACGCAAAGGAAAUACCGCAUCUCAGAUUGCUGCAGCAUCUGUCAUGGCAAGCUCUGGUUCUGUUUCAGAACAAUUUUAUGGCUCCCGUGAUACCUCUCCUCAUGGUGGAGAACGCAGUCAUGUUGUGAGGCCCUUACAGCACAACAAGUGGUACAAGGGGGCAGAUGGCUUUCUUGUUACUGAUAUCUGGGGUCCAGAAGUUGGUAGCAUGGUUUCUGCCACUCCAACAGUUUUGCUGCAUCAGACAGAGGAGAGAAUGUAUCUCUGUGUUUAUCAGCAUAAAAGCCUCACUUUAAUUCUUCUCUUUCCCAUUAGUUCAAUUCUGAAUGGGGAGCAAGGGAUUUCUGUGGUCAAGCAGCAAAUUGUGGAAAAUGCAUCACUAAAGAUGUUGAAAGUUGAAGAGAAACUAUCAAAAGGAUGGGGAGGUGAAAAUGCAUAUCAUGUUGGGGGUUAUCGUUACUUACUGGUGGAUGGUGACAGAAAUGUAUCUAGGGCUUCUCCACCGGGAAAAGUUACAACCCUAACAAAGGAAUCUUUAAUUUCCUUAAGUAAUCUUAGAGAAGAGAUUGAUUUGGAAAAGAGUAGAGCAAAGUGGGAUGACCCUGGCCAUGAGAAAGAUUUGGAAAUAUGUAUUAGAGCAAAAAAUAAUGCUUGGGUCAUUGCACGGACUACAAGAGGAAAAGAGCUUUAUAUGGUUCUAGAGAAAGCCAAUGAAACACUUCUUUUCGCCUCUGAUGCCAUCGAGAAGUUCAGCAACAGGUAUUGCAGUGGAGCUUUUUCUUUGGAUUAGGUAAAAAAAAUUUGUGGUUUCUGAUAUUUGCACUUACAGAAUAAGAAACCCAAAGGGUGCACGAGUGCCUGUAAACAUUCUUUUAUUUUUCCCGCCUCCUGUUCCUUAGCAAAUUGGGCACCCUUCCACCAUAGAGUUUUGUAGAAUGGAACAGACAAAGAGGAAAAAAAGAAAAAGGAAAAAAUAGUGAUGGUUACUUGUGAUUUGUUUUGUUUGGUCCUUUCCUUUGUGUUCUGAAUGCCAUUAAAACUACUGUGUAAAUUAUGUAUGAAAAUAUUUUUCUCUCUUAAAAGUAAAUGAAUUAUAAUGUUAGGUUCAAA